AUGCCACAGAGCUCAGGUACGGUCAGCGCUGCUGCGGGUCGCGGCAAAGUUCUUGUAGCCGUUGAUUUUGGAACGACAUUCACUUCGGUAGCCUAUGCCCAUACUGCCGAGGCUGCUGGACCACAUCUGUUGAUGAGCUGGGGUGAAGGAGGAGAUAAUACCGAGGGCCAAGUGCCAACCGUACUUCGCUACGACAAUGGCGAAAUGAGUGGCCCAUAUGUUUGGGGAUACCGCGCCCAGAGAUGGGCCCAACAGAGUGAACGGAUCCAUGAGUGGUUCAAGCUAGGUCUUUGCGACGACUUUGAAGAACGACGAGCCCGGGAGUCGGAGCUCGCAAAGCUGUACGACAGCAAGACGGCCAAGCCGCCCGUAAAAGGAGAAGACUGCGAGAAGCUUGUCAGGGACUAUUUGGUCGGUAUCAAGCAAGCCGUGGAUAAGAAGCUUGGCGCCGAUGAGCAGGUUGCAGCCAUGGAGAGGCUGUACAUCAUCACUGUUCCGGCUCUGUGGGACUAUUCCGAGCAAGAAAAGACCCGAACCUGCGCCGAGAGGGCUGAUAUGGGCAAGGGUAGUGAGAUCACGCUGAUCCCCGAGUCCGAAGCGGCCGGGAUAUGGGCCAUUAAGAACAUGCCCAGCAUAGAAGAAGGCGAUGCAUUUGUUGUAUGCGAUGCUGGGGGCGGAACUGUUGACCUCACCUCCUUCCGGGUCAAGUCCCUGUCGAAAAAUCGGCGUCAGUGCGAACUGGUCGGGGCAGGAGCGGGCUCGGGUGGGCUUUGCGGCAGCAUCUUUCUCAAUCGCAUCUUUGAGAAAUACCUUGAGGAGAAACUCCAAGACUACCCCAGCUGGGACCCAGACUUCAUGAUUGACGCUUUAGGGGCUUUCGAGACGAGAAUCAAGCCCAACUUCUCCGGUCGGAAUAGAGAUGCGCAUUUUAUUCGGAUACAGGGUCUCAAGCCAAGCCCGCGGCAUGGGAUUAAGAAGAAUUUCCUUGAGCUGACAGACGAUGAACUACGUGUCAAUGUAUUUGACAUUGUCAUCAACAAGAUCCGAGUACUAGUCCGUGAUCAAAUUAAACACACGGAAGGCAGUGUGAAGGAGGUUGUGCUUGCUGGAGGAUUCGGCCGGAACCCAUAUCUGAAGAGGAGGCUGCAAAAUCUGGACUGCGUGGUCCGUCAAGGUAUCAAGGUAUCCGAGUUUGAGGACAGCGCAACAGCCAUUGUAAAGGGCGCGGUUACUGCUAGCCUGUACGGUCUGGAGAGGGCCACUGUCGCUUUCGAUGGAGCUUUCAAUUUCAUGUCGACCCGUAGAGUGGGAGUCGUCUCCAGGAAGGCUGGCCGCCACUACGGCACUUGGGGCUAUGAUGACUACAAGGACGGUGACCCCAUAGAGAAGAAGUAUGGCGCGCUCGAUGAUGGAUUGGCAGUCUCCCGCAAAGCUAACAUGAUGCGUAGAGAGAGGCGAGACGACGGAGUCAAAGUCGCGCGGAUGCAUUGGUUUGCCAAGAUGAAUGAUGAUAUUCCCAAUGGCGAGCCACAAUACUACCCUUACGAAAAGAUUGCCAAGGUCAUCCCUGGCAAAAAAGCGCAUGAAGUGUGUUUAAUCGAUAUCCCAAUCUUUGUCUGCGAGAAGCGCAAUCCACCCGAGUAUAGAAAUGACCCCAACGCAUGGAAGAUUACGGAUUUCAGUCUUGACCUCCAGGGUCUGACGAUCCCGACCAUCCCCCAUAAUGGAGGCAGGACCAGGUUUUAUAAGGCUAAUUUCGAGAUUGAGAUGAUUCUGGAGGCCACCAGCCUGACCUUUUGCGGAGUGUAUGGCAGAAAUACGCCGGAUGAAAGGAGAUGCCCAGCGAAGAAGGUCAGCUUCAAGUGA